AUGUCCUACUCACAGAGGAGCACAGGAUCAGCAAACGGUUUGGCCUAUAAUAUUCUCAACAAUUCACAAUCCCUCUCGUCCACCCCUCGAGCAACUCCGCCGCCGCCGAAAGGAUUGCAAAUGUCCUCGUUUGGGGUCUCCAACGGCGCCUCUCGUGGCAGCUUUAACGGCAGUUAUGAUGGUGGAAAUGAUUACGGGUCUAUGAUGACCUACCAGGAGGAGUUUAAGCCGCAGAUCUAUCGUGCGGUAUACUCGAAUGUCUCCGUCUACGAGAUGGAGGUCAAUGGGGUCGCGGUCAUGAAACGUCGAUCCGACUCCUGGUUGAAUGCAACUCAAAUUCUGAAAGUGGCUGGAGUGGUGAAGGCUCGACGCACGAAGACCCUAGAGAAGGAAAUCGCUGCCGGCGAGCAUGAGAAGGUUCAAGGUGGUUACGGAAAGUACCAAGGUACCUGGGUAAACUACCAGCGAGGUGUUGAUCUGUGCCGCGAGUACCAUGUGGAGGAAAUGCUGCGACCAUUACUGGAAUAUGAUAUGAGCCCCGGCGGCUCGGGCGCUCCUUCCCAGAGUACCCUUGAUACCCCUACGAAAGAGCAGGCCAUGGCAGCCCAGCGCAAGCGUCUCUACAGUGGUGCAGAAAACCGCAGCAUGUCGCAGCCCCAGCAAGGAACUUUUUUCCAAAAUAUUUCCCGCACGGCCGCGACUGCCGUCAAUGCUAUUAGCAAAGCCCGCUUCGACUCGCCCAGUGGAAACAGCCGACGAUCAAGUGUCAUUCGCAAGCCAUCACAGCAGAUGAGCAGCCAAGAAUCUCAAAUGGCGUUCAGCAGCCAGCAGAGCAUGUACAACAUGUCUGACAGUGGGUUCAGCAGUCUCCAAAAUCGCUUCCAGCCACAUGACGACCACGAAGAAUUCGUGGAACCUCCGCGCAAACGUGUUCGCUCUUCAUCGCACCAUGGCCCACCAAUUGGGUUGCACAGAGAGCCAUCUAACUUAUCCAUGCAUGAACCUACACCUACCGAACCUAAUGAAUCUUUUUAUCAAGACCUUGAUCUUCCACCGCCGCCAAUGGAUGAUGGACACAAGCGGGGUGCCGAGGCUAUACCACCUGCUUCCGAUCCCGAGGGCUUCCAAAAGCAGAAGCUGAUUAUGACCCUGUUCCUUGACAAACGAAUCAAGGACUUUUCCAACCACCCUGCUCUCAUGCAGUUGACCGGUGAAGAUCUUGAGCUUCCUCUUGACGAAUACCGAAACAAUGCCCUUCAUUGGGCUGCGAUGCUGGCGCGAAUGCCGCUAGUCCACGCUCUCGUAGGGAGAGGUGCGAGCAUCACCCGAGUCAACGCCGCAGGCGAGACUGCUUUACAAAAGGCGGUUGGGACCCGCAACAAUCUCGACUAUCGAAGCUUUCCCCGUCUACUCCGGGUGCUUGCGCCGAUUAUCGAUAUGGUUGACUACAGUGGGCGGACUAUUCUGCACCACAUCGCGAUGAUGGCAGCCACCGGUGGAGGUGGGCAUAAUGGGUCACAAGGGAGUGAGGUUAUCUCCCUGGGCCGAUUCAUCUCAGAGAUCGUUAACUUGCGUGAUGAGCAAGGGGAUACUGCUCUGAACCUUGCUGGGCGGGCACGAUCAGUGCUUGUGCCUCAGCUACUAGAAGUGGGCGCAGAUCCUCACAUUCCAAAUCACACUGGACUUCGGCCUGCUGAUUAUGGAGUCGGUGUUGAUAUGGUGGAUGGCAAUGGCCAAUCACAGCAAGCCGGUGGUCGAAAUGACACUUUCAUUGACCAGCUUGCAAAGUCCAAGAAGGAGAUUCUCAAUGCCGCAUUGUCGCAAAUUAAUACGAUUGUCGAAGAGGCUCUCGGUGGUAUUGACCGAGACCUUGCGUCCAGCAUCACUCAGAAGCAAGAAAAGUUUGACCACUGGCACUCCAAAAUUCGUGAGGCGGCCAAAGCCCGCCAGAUUGAACAGAAGCAGCUGGAUGCGUUGAAGCAAAAGUCUUCAGAGCGACUUGAGAUUGAUCGGCGUAUCAAGAACCUGGAGCGGUCUUCCGAGGGCUUGCUCGGCACUUUGAAAAAUACGCCAGGAAUCGACUUCUCUCGGAUUGCCGUUAUUGGUGAUGCCGAUAAAACCUCUGGUGUGGAUCCUGUCACAUUUGAAGCCGUGUUCGGGGAGACAUUUGAUCCCUCUGCUGGGUUCUCUGCCCAGCAAGUUGCUUUCCUGGCUACGCUUCCUUCACCGGAUACGCUGAAACAUCGCAUCCGAUACUACCAAGAGCUGAAUACUGGCAUCACAGCUGAAGUCGACGCUCUGAAGGCUAAGAAUGCGGUUCUCGGGCAGAACUAUCGUCGCAUGGUGAUGGCAUGCACGGGCUGGUCUGCUGAGCAAGUGGAUGAGGCUGCCGAGGGCUUGACACAAUGUGUCAAAGAGUUGAAUGAUAACCCUGUCCCCGAGGACGAGGCUAUCGAGAUUCUCAUGCGGGACCGUGGACAGGACUGGUAG